AUGUUAUUUGUAAGCAUUCUGUUAUCACAGUUCGGGUUGUCUCUGACGCAACCUGAUUUUUUUGAACGUCCUCCUCCACCACCACCAGGUAGGAAUUCCAUUCAAGUCAGCUGGUUUUGUUGUUUUUGUGAGCGAGCACCGGCCAAAUUGGCACAGGAAGUUAUUAUCAAUACUUGAUAAGAGAAAAAUUUCAAAAUUUCGUCCGGUUUGCAGAUUGGUUUUUUCCAGGACCGCCGCCUCCAAGACCAUGGGGACCGCCGCCCCUGCCAUGGGAUCGGUAGGAGAUGUCUGAAACUUCGAAUCAGGUUCUAUCAGUUUUAGACAACCACCACCAUGGGGUAGACCUCCACCACCAUGGGGCAGACCUCCACCACCAUGGGGCAGACCCCCACCACCAUGGGUAUUUUCGAUCCUUAUUCAAAUAUCAUAUAUUUUCUCAGGGGUUUCCACCUCCGCCGCCACAUCCGCCACCUCCGCCGCCUCCCCCUGCACAAGUUCAACAGGAUGUACCUCAAGUGAUGUUCACACAAGAUAUUGACAAAGUGUGAAACAAGGUUACAUAGGGAACAAGUGAAUCAGUUCAGGUUGUGAACAGCGUGAAUAUGAACACGGCAGCUUUCCAGAGACCAGGAGAGAGUUACGAUAGAGUCAUUCAGAUAAUGAGCUCGUAUUUCAAUAGACAAUCAGGCUCGCAAUACGUGAGUUAAAUGAAAUGAAAAGUAGGUUCAAUGUUCAUUCUAUGCCAGGACAUGAACACUGUGAUCCCUGCCAACGGGGUAUCAAACAACGAGAUGACAGCCAACAGUAAAAUUGCUGCCGUGAUGUUCGAGAGUGACAUGGUGAGUUUUCAAAGUUUCUGUAAUUUCUAGUGUACUUCUAGGCGCUCACAGUGGCCCAGAUGAAUAAAGUCGCACAAAAUGGCUUCCGUGUGAAACGAAAGAUGAAUUUAAACGGAACGACAUGGUCCAGAACCAUUCCUUAUCGGUUUUUGGAGACAGACAGUGAGUUUUCGAGUUCGCUUUCUGCCAACUCAGGUUUUUCAGGUUCUUGGCAGUCUCAAAUCACAAAUGCAUUGCGAUAUUAUGAAAGACAUAGUUGUAUUCGGUUCAGUCUUAAUGGAGCUGGAGCCGAUUAUCUCGUUUUUAGUAGAGGAGAAGGGUAUGAAGUCAAAAUCAAUGUAACUGAUUGUUAGAGUGUAAGUUUUAGUUGUUACUCAAGUGUGGGAAGACUGGGCGGUCCGCAAGAAGUGUCUAUUGGAUACGGAUGUGAAACAGUGAGCUUUGAAACAAUACUCCACUUCAUUUUCAUUUAUUCAGCUUGGUAUCAUAACUCAUGAAGUUGGUCACUCUCUAGGAUUCUGGCAUGAGCAAGCAAGACCAGAAAGAGACAGUUAUGUCAGGUAAGGUUUCUGUUGAUUCAUUGAUUUAAGAAUUAUAUUUUCCAGAAUUAACAAACAGAAUUCCAUAAUUGGUUUGGAAGGUCAGUUUGACAAACGUUCGUGGUCCGAAGUAAACGAGUACAGUCUUCCAUACGACUACGGGUCAGUCAUGCAUUACGGACCAAAAGUAUGUCUCAUUUUUACAUGAAACCGCUCAUGUUAUGUUUAUUUUUUUGUUUCAGUCAUUUUCCCGUUCAUCUACACUAAAUACAGUAGAACCGGUGGACUCUGCGUUCGUGAGCACAAUUGGAAAUCGUGUCGAACCAUCCUUCUUAGAUCUCAAGUUAUUGAACACUGCUUUUUGUCAAAGUUUGUAAUGGUAAAUUAAACCGAACCACGGAAAAUUGCCAUUGAAGAUGUGUGUACUAAUCGAAUCAACUGUCAACACGGCGGAUACCCAGACCCUAACAAUUGUGGUCAAUGUAAAUGUCCCACUGGUUUGGAAGGAACUUAUUGUGAACGAUUACAAACUUCGAGUAACGUUGGGACUACGGUUAACACUAACUAGAAGCGUAAAAUGCAGAUUGUGGUGUAGAACUUCCGAGAGCGGAUUACACUUGGAGAAAUAUUUCGUACUCUGGAUCAUCUGAUUGUUAUUGGAGGAUCAUGGCGGUGCGCUUCACCUGAAAACGACAAAUUAUCUUUUUCUUUAGGUGAACGGUGGUCAAAUUCGUUUUGAAGUUACCUAUGUGAUGUACAAGUGUUCUCCUGUUUGUGAUGAGUUUGUAGAGGUGAGAAAGGUUUCCAAGAACAAGUGUAUCUCUUCAGUUAUCAGAUAAAAGCUGAAUAUGGUCACGAAGCAACCGGGUACCGGCAAUGCUGUACAGCGGUACUUGGAGAAAGGAUAAGCAAGGGGAAUAGUGUUAUUAUCAUCUCCAAAGCCAGCCAGAAUUCUCAAUUUGUUCUCAGAUACAAAGCAGGCAUCACGAAUUCAUUCGGAUUUUUCUUACUUAUUGUUUUCUCAGAUGGAAACCCACCCGCGACAACACCACGUCCACCGCCGGUGACUCGACCAAGACCUCGAAGUUAUUCUCUGCAAUGGUCCGGAUGGACCGGUUGUUCCGAGAACUGUGGGGCAUGUGGAACACAGUACAGAACGAGGUGUACAAGUACAAGGGAUUGCUCGUGAGUCACAUCAUCACUUCCUGAUCCAUUUUUUUCGAACUGAUAAGUUCAGAAGACCAAUUCGUCAAACAAGAGUUUGCAAUACCCAGCCUUGUGCCCAGGGAACGACCCGAGGGAAGCGGAGUGUUCUCAAAACUCAAGGUACUCUCUUAUUCUUCUUCAUCUUCUUCUUCUUUCUUCUUCUACUUCCUCUCAACAUCAGCAUCAUUGUACUCCGUUUCAGUCGUGCCGCGCAUCAAACGAUUCGGUGA